ACCAUAAAGGCAGGGUCAUGCUCCGUGGAUGCGGAUCGUUCCCUCCUCUUUCCUCAAUUUUCAGCGCCAACGUCAAAGUUUUGGCGGCCGAUAAAAAAUAUUUUGAAAUUUUUGAAGAUUUUAACCUCCAAAAUUAAAAGAAUUCUAAACAUUUCAAUACGAGAGAAGAAGAAGAAGAAAGAAACCUCCUGCCCCCAGAUCUUUAUCUUCCUCUCUCUCUCUCUCUCUCUCUCUCCAUCUUUGCUUGAUUUGAUUUACUUCAGUCUAAUUAGAACCUCAAAAAAAAUUCAGAGAAGAAGUCGAAUCUCAGGUACUUUUUGGCUGCGGUUUCUGCUAUCUCUCAUCUCAAUCCUAUUCAGGGUAAAAAAUUAGGGCUCUCUAAAGCUUAGUGGGCGAAUAAUGGUGAGGAUCCAGAAAGUAGAAUCGUUUUACGGCAAGCUUCGCGAAACGGCCACUUGCUCGUCUUCCCAGAACCCUCUCCUCAUAUUCCCUUCAUCAUCCGACGUCGAUUCCAUUUGCGCCCUCAAGGUCAUAACUCACAUCCUCGAAUCCGAUUCGGUUCACUACUCGUGUUUCCCUGUCUCCUCGUUUCUCGAGAUCCACAAGUACGCUGGUCCUGGCCUCUGCUCUUCCUCGGCGAGUCCCGUCACCAUACUGUUGAUUAACUGGGGCUGCCACCGUGAUCUGAAGCUUGUGCUGAAGCUAGGUCCCGCGGCUCGUGUCUUUGUGGUGGAUAGUCACCGGCCUAUUCAUUUGCAUAAUCUUAGCGAUGAGAAUCACCAGGUUGUUGUUCUCCACACUGAUGAUGAUGAGAGGCAAGCGGAUCUCGCCUACGAUUUCGAUGUCUUGAAAUUGGCCAACGAGAGCUUUCAGAUUCAUCAAGAAAGCGGUGAUGAAUCUGAUGGCGAAGAAGACGAAAGUGAUGAUGAUAGGCCAAGUAAGAGGAGGAAAAUGGGUGACGACGGUGUGAAGCUUUUCAAGAAGCUGAAGAGGGAUUAUUACAAGAUGGGGACUUUCCACGGGAAGCCAUCUGGUUGCUUGUUGUUCGAGCUCUCUCACCUGUUGAGGAAGAACACCAACGAGUUGCUCUGGCUCGCUUGUGUUUCCUUGACUGAUCAGUUUGUUCACGAGAGGUUGACCGACGAAAGAUACCAAGCUGCGGUUAUGGAGCUUGAGCAGCACAUCAAUAGCUCCGGGAACAUAGACAAGAUCACUUCCGUUACUCUCAAGGACGGAACCAAGGUCCGAGCGCCUGACUGUUCGACAAUCUCUUACGAAGAAGAGCCUAGGCUUAUGCUGCUGAGAGAGUGGAAUCUGUUUGACUCCAUGCUUUGUUCCUCGUACAUCGCUACUAAACUCAAGACGUGGAGUGAUAACGGGAUCAAGAAACUUAAGCUUCUUCUAGCGCGUAUGGGAUUUGCGCUUAUCGAGUGCCAGCAGAAGUUUCCCUACAUGAACAACGAGGUGAAGAGGAAGAUGAAGCAAGAGUUUGAUCGUUUUUUGCCAGAGUAUGGGCUUAAUGAUUUCUACUACAGGAGUUUCUUGCGCCUUCAUGGAUACAGCUCAAGGGUCUCUGCAGCUGAUGUUGUCUAUGGUAUUACAGCGCUUCUUGAAUCGUUUCUCGGUUCAGGUGGCUCCUCUUCUUCUAAACAGUUUGGAGAAGCUUAUGACGCUUUGUCAUUGAACAAUCUGGAUAAACUUCGUUCUGGUAUGCAACAAGCAAUCAAGGUUCAGAGAGCAAUUCUCAGACAAGGAAGUGCAGCAAUCACCAAAACCGGAUGCAUCCGAAGUGGAAGGAAGUUCAGAUGGGUGAAGGUUGAGGAUUCCAUUGAUGCUAAGUAUUUGGGAUAUCCUCAGGCCUUGACAAAGUUCUGUUACUUUCUAAUGGAUGCUCUGAGAGAGAAAGGAGCUAGGAUGAAGCCAAUGCUAUGUGCCUGCGCAUCUCAACAACCAGGGAAGAUACUUGUGGUUGGAGUUUGUGGGAAGCCAAGGCUUGGUGCAGUAAGAGGGAAUGCGUUUGGUAAUGCUUUCAGAAAAGCAGCUCAAGAGAGUAGAGCUGAUUACUUUCACGAGCUUUUCGAGUCCUCAUGGAUCGUCUUGGAUGCUUCUGCUGUUAACUCUUUCAUGAUUAGAUUAACUGAAAAGCUUUGACAUAGAGUUCUCAAAGGUAUCUUUUUGUUAUUCUACUCAAUUGUGUUUUUUCAUUUUCUAGUUUUCAGUUCUUUUUUUAUCUCACAUUGUUUGGAAUUUUACAAGCCUUUGUAAUAGGCAAGAAUCUGUUAUCAAUCAUGUCACUUGUUUAAUCAAAUAACAAUAGAGCAUUAUGUCAAA